AUCUCUACACUUGCAACAUGAAGUCUGUCGUUGUGUUCGUCACUGCUAUCAUCAUGGCCGUUGCUGAGCCCCCUAUCUCUAAAAGUUACCUUCCUCCACCAAGCAAUGGCUUCUCUCAGGGACCUGCGGGAUUUCAAUCAGGACUUCCACAAGUCGUAGCUGCCAGAAGCCUGGCUCAAAGUAACAAUCUGGGAUUAUCAAGAAGCACUAACAACAAUGCAGAACGAAGAUUUGUGAACUCGAGAUCAGGAUACGAAGAAAAUAGGCCCAGUUUGUUUGCUGCUAGAAAUUCACUAGAAUCCGAUGAGCCAGCUUAUUACAACUUUGGCUACAUGGUGAAUGACUUCGUUGAAGGAACAGAUUUUGGGCACCACGAGGAGAGGCAGGAAGAAAGAGCUAACGGGGGAUACCAUGUGGUAUUGCCUGAUGGUAGAAAACAGACUGUGAGCUACCAGGCUGACCAAAGCGGGUUUAAGCCUCGCAUCACUUAUGAAGACCAAGACUCUGAAGAGCUGACACGUUCCGGUUAUGAUGCAAAUGCAAAUAAUUAUAACGGCUUUGGUAGACAAAAUGGCGGACACGGUAACCAUGGCAACGGACGCAGCGGUUACUACUAAUAACGAAUAUUUUAUUUGGAAUGUAUCAUCAUUAAUAAUUUUAUAUAACUUAAGAAUACAGUAUUAUUAGAAAUUAUUAUAUUCCGUACAUAUUUCAGCAAUAUUUUAAUGAAUUAGUUUUACAAAAGUUAGAAUGUAUUCACUACAUAGGUACCUAGUAAGAAAAUAUUUAAUACCUACUCUGUAAAGCAGUGUUUUUGUUUUAAUAAAAUGUAGCUUU